CGGUGGAAUUAGGCCAAUUCUUAAUUUAAUCAACCAACCAAUUAGUUAAAUAAUCAGCCUUUCAUUUAAUGACUUAGAAUAUAUUAAUCAAUACAUUGAUUAAUUAAUAUUAUUAUUCACAAUUCACCAUUGUUAACCAUAGUCCAUCUAGUCUAAUAAAUAAAGACGUUUACUGUUAUCAUUCAUCUUAUCUACUGUGAUAUAUCGAGUUAUGGAGAUAUUAUCAGACUCACAAAUGCAUAAACAAUCAAAAUUGUUUAUGGAUCUCCCAAUCAAUAAUUCCUCCAUCUUUCUCCAGGAUACUUUUAAUAAUGUUUUAUAUGUACUUAAACAAUACUAUCAUUUCAUCUUUGACUUGGGAGAGUAGUUCCUUUGUUACGAAAACAUAAUAAGUAAUAGAUACACUCAUAUAAUCUGUUGGAAACGUUUACAUCGUUUUUUUCUACUGAACUAAGAAGACAAUAAAGAUCACUGGCAAUGAAAAAAGUGGACGAUACUAGUGUCAUACAAUCAACUACUUUCAAUAAAUCUGAUUUCUCAGCUGAAAAUGAUGUUAAUUGUAAUCCUAAUCCAUCCUCGAGUUUAAAGAGAACCGCUUGUCAAGCUGGGUCUUCUGAAGAUAACGAUGAUCCAGAAUAUGCUCGGAAAGUAAUAGUUCUGGAACCUGAGGUGUCUAGUGUUCAACAGAAUAGUGAAAUAAAAUUGCCUGAAACAAUUCAGAACACUAUAUCUGGACCGACUGUCACAUCCAACUCUUCAAUCUUGAAUACAACAACUAAAGCUGUAGUAUCUAACACAAUCAGUUCAACUAAUAAUAUCAAACCAAUUGGAACAAACUUACAAAAUAAUUAUGGAUCUUCUCCUAGUGUUUCUGUGCAUCAACCAAGGCAGCAACAACAAACAUCAGAAAAGACAUCAGUGACUACUACACCUAGAACUAGUACACGUAGACUUCAUGUUUCGAAUAUUCCUUUUCGGUUUCGAGAAGCUGAUUUACGGUCUUUAUUAGGUCCUUUCGGUCCGAUAUUGGAUGUUGAAAUAAUUUUCAAUGAAAGAGGUUCUAAAGGUUUUGGGUUUGUUACAUUCAUGAAUGCAGCUGAUGCAGAGAAAGCACGCGAAAAUCUUAAUGGGCAUGUCGUAAUGGGUCGGAAAAUAGAGGUAAACCAUGCAACUACACGAGUUCUUACAAAGAAGCGUACUGAUAAUGCAAUCUCAGCUGGAGGAAAUAAAGCUUCUAACUUUACCAACCCAAAUAUUGGAUUGAAUAAUUACACUAGUACUUUGGCUUCGAGACCACGGAUUACUGGGACAUCUGUAGGAACUAGUAAUAGUGUUGUUGCUGCAGCAAUUUCAGCUGCUGCUGCUGUAGCUGCAAUGUCAGGUUCAGGAAUUGUCAAUAAUCAUACUUUAAAUGGACUAUGUCAUUUACCAAGUUUGCAUUCUAGUAAUUUAUCCGGAAACAAUUUAAUUUUGAAUCAGAAUAAGUCAUCAUUAUCACCGUUAACAUCAUCUACAAUAUCUACAGUAACAUCGACAUCUAUUCCAUCGUUGUCGUCAUCAGUCUCAUCAUCAUCAUCAUCAUCAUCAUCUGCAGCUCUAGUUAAUCUUCUUAAAGCUCAACAUCAACAACAGAAUUUAGCGGCAGCUGCUACAGCGGUUGCUUUACAACAACACAAUCAAUUGAAUGGUACUAACAGUCAAAAUACUCAAGCUUUACUUGCUGCUCUUAUGCUUCAAAAUCUCAAUACUCCCAAUCAACUUAUCAAACAAUCUUUAAGUAGCCUUUCGUUUCCAUUAGAGAAUGUCGUUUCCAAUCUCCCAAUUCAAACACAGCCACAACAAUCACAGACAACCAUGUUCAACAGUAGUAAUAGUAAUAAUAGUAACAAUAAUGUUAAUUAUGCUACUAAUAAUAUUGGUACCAACAGUCCUGGUCUAAAUCCGCUUACCUUACUCGGAAUAAAUAAUCCAAGCAUGAAUCAAUCAAAUAUUGGCUCUGAUCUAUUAUUAAAUCCUCAACAUAUUCGAUCAUAUCAAAUGCUAAAACAAACACUUGGAAAUGUAAACCCAAUUAUUCCAAAUAACCUUUCUCUUGCUACUGCUCCAUUCUUAGCUUCAAAUCUAAAUUUUCCCACACCACAAAUUGCUUUACCGCUAAUAAAUCAUUCUAAUAAUGGACAAAAUUUAAAUCUUUUCACAUCAUCUUCAUCACCAUCAUCAUCAACACCAACAUCUAUUGGAUCAUCGAUACAACUGGGAACAAAUUUAGAUUUAAAUUCAAAUGAAACUAAAUUGUGGUUAGCUUCAUUGAUUGGUAAUAGUAAUAGUUGUAUACAAUCAGAUUUAGGCAUAGCUAAUAAUAAUUUAACGAAUCAAAUUUAUCAAAUGUAUAAAUCUAAUGCAAAUUUAAAUGAUACUACUAAUACUACUACUACUACUAAUAAUAAUAAUAUAGUAAUACAUUAUUGAAAGUUAAUUCUUUGUCAAAGACACAAUUGAAUAUCAAUGAAAAUAAAACUAGUUCAUCAAAUACAUUGACAGAUACUACAAAUACUGGUAUUUCACAAAUUCAUGAUAAUCGAAAUAAAAAUAACGAACAUACUUUAACCUGUUUUACAUACAGGGGGUUUCCCCGCGUGGGUUCGAAUCCCAUCCCCGUCGCCAAUUGUUAUGUCUCAAAGUGACAGCCGAUUAUAUGACAGUGACUUAUCGAUCGGAUCAAGGUUUCAGAGACUCGAUAGUCUAUUCUGGUCCGUUGUCCCCAACUCUGCUAACUCGAUCAAGAAGUCUGGGUAAGGUGUAGAAAGUGUAUUCUACAGACAAACAGCAGAUACCAAGUCAGGCAGGCAGAUCAGAUCAAGCAUACAAGUCAAGCGUAUUUAUACAAAUAUUUACAAUCGAUAUUGUCAUGGAAGAUUUUUGAACAUUAAUCAACAAUUGACUGCUAUUUGAACAUUUAAUCGAUAGUUCAUCAAUUGACCUAUUUGUACAUUUAAUCGAUAGUUCAUCAAUUGACCUAUCUGCACAUUUAAUCGAUAAGUAAAUUACAAAAUAUGAGUUUUGGGGAUCUAUCGUCCCCAACAGACUUGUAUAAGUGAUCAAAUUUGUUUGUUUUAUACUUUUUAAUAUGAGAUUAGAUUUUUUCAACGAUAGUGAACCCAGAAAAGUUAGUCUACUUGAUCUGAAUAUUUUCUCUAAGUAUUAAAAAGAUUGUUUUAAGUUAUUUGAGUUUUCUUUAUUUAGUGUCUUCUGUGUGAUUGAAUGGAUUUAUUAGGUAUAAUUUCUAAUGGUUUAUCUAGAGAUUGAAGGCUAUAGGUUUCUAGUCAUAGAUACCUUUAGAGUAUUACUUGCAAAUAGUGAAAUGACCGAAUGUGCAAUGUUUGAGACUAAGGGCAGGGUACUGGGUAAAUAUGAUAAAUCACUUGAUGAGGUUGUGGAUAUCCACUGAGGUGUUUAGAACGUGUGUCGCGUAUCCUCAACCACCUCCUACCAAAACAGGCGAUGUUAGUUGGUGUAGAAGUACGUCAGAAUGUAAUUCAAUGUGUUCAAACCAAACACAUGACAUCAGUUCAUAAAACCAGCUGUUGUUGUUGUUGUUGCUCUGAGCCAUGCUGGUAGAUAAAGACUACUUGAUUGAGGUUCACACGAUAAUCACGAUCAAUAGUUGAAAACGUUGUAAGCGGUGACUCAUAGUCGAUCACAGCAACAAGCAUAAAUCAACUCUUUAUUUUCUUCCAAAUCUUCAGCUCCCGACCAUUGCUGCUAUCUUGAUGUGGUGGUCGGGCUUCCCUAUCGUGCUGAACCAAUCAAGCUAUACUAACUGGAACAAUCAUUCCUCAAGGUCUUGCCAUGCUAGACAGAUCGGUUGAAGAGCGGUAAGACUGGAAGCAGCAAACACAAAGUCCGAGGGUGAAGUCGCACUGCUGACUUUAAAGAGCUGUGACGGCACUGAGAUAUUUCCCUCAGACAACCAGUAUAACGGCGAUGCUGUCUAGCCACAAAGAAAGGGUGAGGUUAGAAAAGGUUGACCCUAAACAUGCACACCUCACCUUAUCCCACUGAAAUCCGUCUCUGGCGCUAAGGUCCCAAUAAGAACGGUGCUAACAAGAAAACUACUCACAAAAGUGUCUGUGACCGAUCUCAAGUGACUGUUCAUUGAGCACUGCGGUCACGCUCUCUGGUCACUCGGUCCAGCUCUUACCCAAUUUCCUUUCCAGGUGCCUCUGGAAGAACUUUACCAUGGUGUGGGCAACCUGGAAGUGAUAACCACCCUCAUACCUCCAACAACGGUCAUCAGGUUUUAUAACAUAGGCAUGUUUAUCGGCGUCUGAGAAAGAUGGUUUUUCUUGACUUAAAAGCAGCGUUCGACUCUGUAGACCAAGAGGUGCCGUGGCAGUGUCUGUUAUUGAAAGGUGUACCUCAGAAGUAAAUAAACCUUGUGAAGACUCUUUACUCGAACACUACUAGUCGAGUCAGAGCUUAUGGCGAACUGUCAUCUGCUUUUGCAACCUCAAGUGGUGUCCGUCAAGGCUAACCACUAUCUCCACAUCUGUUCAACUUCAUCAUAGACCUACUGAUGGAAAUAACGCUCUCAUCGACUGAAUU